AUGAAGUUUGUGAAAGAGGAGAGUGAGAUCAUGAGUGAUCCAGAAGUCUGCAGAAUUAAACAUGAAGAUACUGAGGAACUAAUAGAUCUGAUGGAAGUGAAGGAGGAAAGUCAAGAGCUGGAAAUACUUUCUCAGACUGAAAACAAGUUCACACAGAAAAAUACUGACAGAGCAGAAGCCAAAAAGUCGUUCACCUGCAGUCAGUGUGGAAAGAGUUUCAGAUAUAAAAGACACCUUAAGGAACACAUGAGAAUCCACACUGGAGAGAAACCUUUUGCACAAAAACAAUCCCUUACGAUUCACAUGAGAAUUCAUACUGGAGAGAAGCCGUACACUUGCAAUCAGUGUGGAAAGGGUUUCACAAAAAAACAAUCCCUUACGAUUCACAUAAGAGUUCACACUGGAGAGAAACCAAUACACACCGGAGAGAAGCCGCACAUAUGUGUUCAGUGUGGAAAGAGUUUUGUUCUGUCAAAAUAUCUCCGUGAUCAUCUGCUCUCUCACACUGGAGAAAGACCAUUUAACUGUGAUCAGUGUGGUAAAAAAUUUAUUCUCGAAUCAGCCAUGAAGAAACACCUGAAAGUUCAUACAAAGGAGAAGCAUCACAUCUGUUCUACUUGUGGAAAGUGUUUUUCAUUGCUGAACAAUUUGAAGGUGCACCAGAAAACACACACCGGUGUGAAGGAUCAUGUGUGCUUUCAGUGUGAAAAGACUUUUACCACAGCUGGUAGUUUGAAAGAGCACAUGAGAAUCCACACUGGAGAAAAACCUUACAGGUGUUCACACUGUGACAAGAGAUUCACUCUGUCAUCUCACCUGAAAAGACAUGAAAAGAUCCACACUGGAGAGAAACCGUACCACUGCCCUCCAUGUGGGAAGAGUUUCAUCCAAUCAAGUAAUCUACAGAGUCAUAUGAAAAAGCUUCAUCCACAGUUCUCAGGGUGAACAUUUGUUCACAAAAAAUUGAUCAAGCUGAGACAUGUAAUUUAAUGUGUUGUAUAGAGUUUGCUACUGAUUGAGAUAUGGGGCAGCUGUGGCUCAGGUGGUAGAGCGGGUCGGCCACUUAUGGCAGGAUUGGUGGUUCGAAUCCCGGCCCACACAACUCCACAUGCCGAAGUGUCCUUGGGCAAGGCACUGAACCCCAAAGUUGCUCCCAAUGGCAGGCUAGCACCUUACAUGCAGCUCUGUCGCCAUUAGUGUGUGAGUGUGAGUGUGAAUAGGUGAAUGAGUCACAGUGUAAAGCGCUUUGAAUACCG